GCGCCAGGAGUUUAGUAGGGUCGGGAAGGGUCGCCGUGGCGGGCGCUUAGGCCGCCUGCGGCUUAACUUCGUUUUCGCGGGCCAGCGGUGGUCUGCAGGGACUCCAGAUUGCUGUUUCUUGGUGUACAUGAAGAUAACGCAAGCAGUUGAGGAAGUUGCUAAGAAGCGUGUACUGGGGAUGCUCUAGGAAAAGACUGAAUGCCGAGGCGAGUUCCAGUCCAAAGGUAUUUGAUUUACCAAGAAGAAAGUGAACAUCAUGGAUCAGAACAACAGCCUGCCGCCUUAUGCUCAGGGCCUGGCCUCCCCUCAGGGUGCCAUGACUCCUGGAAUCCCUAUCUUCAGUCCAAUGAUGCCUUACGGCACAGGACUGACUCCACAGCCUAUCCAGAACACCAGCAGCCUGUCUCUGUUGGAGGAGCAGCAAAGGCAGCAGCAGGCCCAGCAGCAGGCGCAGCAGCAGGCGCAGCAGCAGGCCCAGCAGCAGGCCCAGCAGCAGGCCGUGGUGGCGGUUCAGCAGUCGACAUCCCAGCAGGCAGCACAGGGGGCCUCGGGCCAGACACCACAGCUCUUCCACUCACAGACUCUCACCACUGCACCCUUGCCAGGCACCACUCCCCUGUAUCCCUCCCCCAUGACCCCCAUGACCCCCAUCACCCCUGCCACACCAGCCUCCGAGAGCUCGGGGAUCGUGCCGCAGCUGCAAAAUAUUGUAUCCACAGUGAAUCUUGGCUGUAAGCUUGACCUAAAGACCAUUGCACUUCGUGCCCGAAAUGCUGAAUAUAAUCCUAAGCGAUUUGCUGCUGUAAUCAUGAGAAUAAGAGAGCCCCGAACCACUGCACUGAUAUUCAGUUCUGGGAAAAUGGUGUGCACAGGAGCCAAGAGUGAAGAACAGUCCAGACUAGCAGCAAGGAAAUAUGCCAGAGUUGUACAGAAGUUAGGUUUUCCAGCAAAGUUCUUGGACUUCAAGAUUCAGAACAUGGUGGGGAGCUGUGAUGUGAAGUUCCCUAUAAGGUUAGAAGGCCUUGUGCUGACCCACCAACAGUUUAGCAGUUACGAGCCAGAGUUAUUUCCUGGUUUAAUCUACAGAAUGAUCAAACCCAGAAUUGUUCUUCUUAUUUUUGUUUCUGGAAAAGUUGUAUUAACAGGUGCUAAAGUCAGAGCAGAAAUUUAUGAAGCAUUUGAAAAUAUCUACCCUAUUCUAAAGGGUUUCAGGAAGACGACAUAAUGGCUGUUAUGUACUCCUGCCUCUGCACCCACUUGUUUUUAAAACAAAUCAGUUUUGGUACAUUUAAAUGGUGGUGUUGUGGAUGGCCCCGAUUUGGUGAGAAGAUGGAUGUUCUGUGGGUUGUAGCAGCCGGUGAAGCUCUCCAGCGUGCGUUCCCCGUAGGGAUGCCGGGAAGCGGUCUUACUUCUGCACGGAGAACUCACAGCGCUGUGUAAGUUGCUCGUACUGUGCUGCUGUUUGUGCAGCGCUGCCCGUUUAUUUAUAUUUAGAUUUUAAACACAUACUGCUGUCAGCAAGUUGGUUUGAGGUACAAAACUUCAAGUGUUAAAGCCACCUCUGCAAUUGAUUGGACUUUUUCUUUUGUUUAAUUUCUUCCCCAUAAAUCGCAGUUUUUAUAUUUCUACCAGAAAAGUAAAAAUCUUUUUUAAAAGUGUUGUUUUUCUAAUUCGUGACUCCUAGGAGUUAUUUUUGUGCCAGACACAUUCCGCCUUUUCAGUAUUGCAGGACAAAGUAGCCGUAUUAAUGAGAACGAAUGGCUGUACAUAUUUUUCUUCCUUCAGAGUACUCUGUACAAUAAAUGCUGUUUAUAAAAUUGUUAGAUGGAUGUUAUAAAUGAUACCUGUAAGAUUUGUGUGAUCAUACUGUUAAAGCUGUAUUUUAGAUAUAAUUGCCUGGAACCAUUUCAAUGUGUGCUUGCUUGCUCGUUGUUUGUUUGAAUCAACAUUGCAUUGUAUGUCGCAGUGAUAAUGGAUGAACUACCUGAAAAUUUAAGGUUGCUCAUGAAACAUGGAUUUAUUAUGUUCCAUAUAUCGAGCACCUCCUGUUUCCCAGAUACAUUGCCUGUAAUUCUCACAAAACCUAUAAUUCGGUUUUGUUCCUCUUUCCCAGGUGAGCAAACUCCGGCCUCAGCUGCGGUAUUUGCCCCAGGGUACAUAGCUAGGGAACGCAAAACCAGGCUCUCGGCCAGAGUCCUUCAGUAUUAAAGCUGGGUAUGUGUACA